UAAAAGACUGCAAAUUUCUUAUUACCUACUGUAAAGGCAAAUCUUGAGUCUUCUUCAGCAAAUUCUUGAAUUUCCCUAUCCUUUUGACAGGAAAUGGAGGAAGCAACUGCUUUUAACUACCAAUACCAAAUAGACACACUUGAUUAUUCCAUCGACGAUCUUGAAUUUCAAUCUUUUUCUUAUAAUAACCAAAUUUUCAAUCAUCAAAGUGUUGAGAAUUUUCGAGCACCAGCCGAUCUAGGUCAAAACCCAGCGAAACAGCUGAAGACCAGUAGCUGGAAUUCUUGCACUACCACUCAUGAAAAAAUCACUUCUCCUUCUUCUUCUCAUAUUAUAUCUUUCGAAAACUUGAAUUCUUCAUCUCAUGCUGCUUCUCGACAGAUCUAUGGGGUCGAAUCGAUUACUUUAAAGCCUAAGAUCGAAAUGGGUAUCGAUGGAAAUUCAAAAACUAGUUUGUUCCAUCCGGGUUCAACCUAUUAUAUUAAUCAAGGAAUCAAUAAGAAGGCUGGUGCAGUAAUAAUUAGGGAUGCGCAAGAUCAUGUGAUGGCGGAGAGGAAGCGCCGAGAAAAGCUUAGCCAGCGAUUUAUUGCCCUUUCAGCGGUGAUUCCUGGUCUGAAAAAGAUGGACAAAGCUUCUGUUCUUGGAGAUGCAAUUAAGUACGUGAAGAAUUUACAAGAACGAAUAAAGAUAUUAGAGGAUCAAUCUGCAAUGAAAUCUAUGGAAUCAAUAGUUUUUGUGAAGAAAUCAAAAGUUUAUGUAGAUGAUGAUGAGUCAUCCUCAACCAAUGAGAUUAAUUCUGGUGAAAUAUGUGACCAAUCACAACUUCCGGAAAUCGAAGCUAGGGUUUCAGACAAAGAUGUUCUGAUUAAAAUCCAUUGUGAAAAACAAAAUAAUUGCAUAGUGAAGAUACUAUAUGCAGUGGAGAAGUUUCAUUUGAAUAUCAGAAAUUGCAGAGUGGUGCCUUUUGGAAAUUCUACUCUUGACGUUACUAUUGUUGCUCAGAUGGAUGGUGAAUUCUCCAUGACAAUUAAGGAUCUCUUAAGAAACCUUAGACAAGCUUUACUUAAUUAAGCAUUUGUGGCCGUCAGCAGCUUUUUAAGUUUGUUUCUUUGUGUGAAACACUAUAAAUUUCUCUUAUGUUUGUCGCUAAAAAGUUUCCAUUUUUAGCAGCAGAAGUUUUUUCUAGGGCAAAUUAUGCCCUAAUGUUCUAGCACGGUUGACUCGUUGACCGUGUUUAAUACCCACGUGCUGAAUAUAUGGAACCUGGAGCUUAUUUUAUAAGUUUUUAAGAUUUUAAGUAUAUUUUUUUUAGAGGUUUCUUGCCUCUUUCC